AUGGACGACACGCUCAAGGCGACCACGGGGGACUACUACGCAAAGGGCAUCCGCAUCUGGCAGGUUUGCCCACACCUAUUCCUCGCCCUGGGCAGGAGGGCGCAUAGAUCGCAAAUAUGCUAUAUCUGCCACGAGAAGGGGCGGGACCCAAAGUGCCAGGACAGGAAGGCCCUUGUCAAUCGUUACCCUGCUAUGGAUGGGGCCGACCAUGCCCUCAUCCGGCAAAAGAUGCUGCUCUUGCGCCAGAUGUGCAUGACGUGCUUCCGCAGGGCCGUGAAAGAGUUCACGGAUAACCCGCCCGUCGGUAUUGAACUGCCGACAUUUCGCUGUGAGUUCGCCGAGAGCUCACUUGGAAUGGAGGACGCAGUGCAGACGAAAAAGCGUCGUUCGAAGAAGAACGACGCCGAUUAA